UGUGAAGCUAAUGACUUUGAGAAGUGCCUCGUUUACGGUGAUCUUCCCAGAUCCUUUGAUACAAAGUUGAGAGAAUAAAUACUCUCAAACAACAAACAAAAGUUCACCAUCCUCUCAUCCCCACCAGAUUUUCUUGUGAAAUUUUUAAUGCACAACAGAGAAACUUCCAACAAAACCCUCUCUCUCACAUCAUCACCAACCGUCAUUUCUUCAGCUUAAAGACUGUUAUCCAUUAUUAUUAACAACCAUGUCCCAGUAGUACUCAAUUUCCACAAAGGAAGAUAGUGGAAAGAGAGAGAGACUGACACAGUACUUAGAUUAAAAAGUAAACAAUGGAUGUCAGUAGAAGAAGAGCUGGGGCUAGAACUGGUGCGGCUGCAGGCUCUGUCUGGGAGAGCAGAAUGAAGCUUGAUGAAGUCAAAGGUGGUAUCAAGGUUUCCAAUGGCGACGGAAAAUCUCAAGAGACUGCCACAUCUGAUACUCCAAGAAAGAUUCUCAAGAGAGGCCAAUCUGGUACUUCACUGGCCGCUACAGCCAAGAGAAAGACUUGGAAGUCUGACAAUUCUGAUGCCCAAUUUCAGACUGCUAAAGGGAAAACUGAACCACCAUCACUCAAGCAUUGUGAGGAACAGUGUAGAGAGUUGAGUGUUUCUGGUGAUGGAAUCAAGAAAAGCUCAAUGCCGGCUAGAAGAGGAAGAUCUGAAGGAGUUAAAGAACUGAGUGUGUCAGUUGAUGUAAUUGAUAAAAGCCCAGUUCAGAACAAGAAAGGGAGAUCUGAUGUUGAUAAGGAGAUUGGUGUUUCUGCUGAUGGAAAUGAGAAGAGCCCAGUUCAGAUGAGAAAAACAAGAUCUGAUGUAAAAGAAGCUGUUGAAUCUGGUGCCCAAUUGAGGAAAUGUAAGUCAGAUUCAGCUAAUGCUGCAAUUCUUUCUGGUAAAGGUAUGGUAGUUGAUAGUGGGAUUGAGAGGGAUUCAAUGGAUUCAAUUAAAGGAAGUGAAGAUUCUGUUAGUAGCAUUGAGAAGAGUCCACCUGAAAUUGUGGAGACCGGAUCUGAAGGAUCUUGCAAAGAGUUUGGAGUUUGCCAAGAAAAGGUAAUUUGUAGCAGUGAAGCCAAUGGAGCACCAAUCAAAUCAGCUCCUCAACUCUUGGUGGAUAAUCAAGAUGAACAUGAUGAUAUGGCCACUGAUGGGGAUGAAGCAUUUGAUGAAGAUGAGGAAAUGGAGAUUGAGAUUGAGGAGAAGAACCUUGAUGUUAAGGAAAUUAACAUACCAGAACAGAACACUAAGCCUAAAAAAAUAGAGAAUGAAGAUAAAAGGGUUUAUCAGUUUAGCAACAAAACAGCACCCACUUCUUCAACAGUGAAUAAACAGUCACCUCCUGUGUUAAGAAGAGCAACAAUUUACCAAAAUCAUCCAAAACCCACAAUUCCAGUUACUAAUGAAUAUCCCCAAAGUUUCCCAGAAACUCAUGACAAACUGCAAAAUCUAGUGGAUUUGGUGAUGUGGAAAGACAUAUCAAGAUCUGCAUUUAUGUUUGGGAUUGGUACAUUCAUCAUAAUCUCUUCGUCCUACACUAAAGAUAUCAAUAUAAGCUGCAUUUCUUUAAUUUCCUAUCUGGGUCUUGUUUAUCUCGCAGCCAUUUUCUUGAGUAGAUCACUCAUUUACAGGGGAGUUAUAUACAUGGAAGAUAAAAGGCAUGUGCUGGGUGAAGAAGAGGCAAUGUGGUUGCUAAAAUUGGUACUGCCUUAUUUGAAUGAGUGCUUGUUGAAAAUCAGAGCCCUCUUUUCUGGAGAUCCUGCUACUACAAUGAAGUUGGCAGUGCUGCUGUUUGUUCUUGCCAGGUGUGGCAGCUCCAUAACUAUCUGGAAGAUGGCUAAAUUGGGCUUUUUUGGAGCUUUUACAGUGCCAAAAGUCUGCUCUUCCUACUCCUCACAGUUAACUUCUUACGCUAAAUUUUGGAUCCAACGGUUUCGAGAUGCGUGGCAGUCAUGUUCGCACAAGAAAGCCGUCGCUUUGGCCAUCUUUACCCUCGUCUGGAACCUCUCUUCUAUAGUCGCUCGCGUUUGGGCAGUGUUUAUGAUGUUCGUAGCCGUUCGAUAUUAUCAACAGUCUAUGGAAUCAUAUAAUUUGACGGAGAAUGAUGCAGAUGAUGAAAAUUUUUGUGGGGAACAAAGAAAAGGAGUUGAGUUCACUCCAGUGGAUGAAGUAAAUAAAAUGAAAAAGAAAUUUUAAAAAAUAAAAUAAAAUAAAGUAUUCAGUAUAUAUAUUGAUAAGAGAUAAUGUAAAAUUUUAUUUUCUUAUUUUUCUUCCAUCAAUAUAGUUUUAGUGUUUAUUAGUUAUAUAAUAAUAAUAAUGAUAAUAAUAAUAAUUAAUUUCCUGAUUGUGCUGUC